AUGGACCGGGCAACAGCUAUGAUGACGCAGCUGAAAGAGCUGGGCCAGAAGCUUGCGGGAGAGUUUCCGGAUAGCGCCUGCGCCUCUGUUGCUGCUGUGAAGGAGUGCGAUAGGUGUGCCGACGUCUUGGAGAAGAAUCAGGAGGAACUCCAUGUUGCGAGGGCGAGACUCGAUAGCGUGAAGGCUACUAUGGUGCAGACUGCGGGGAUACUGGGUGCUAUGUACCUCCAGGUCUAG